AUGAAAUUGAGUACUGAUGAGCUCCAUGGAGAAUCAGAGGGGUCGGGGUUCGGGUCGCGGGGCGGAGGGAAGAGCGGGAGGGCGGGAGGCGCCGGCGCCAGACGCGGAGGCAGGAGCUGCGACCGGCCGCCAAGAGGCCGCGGAGCCCGCGACCACCGAGCCAGCCGAGCCGCCGCCGCCGCCGCGCCCUUGGCGGCCGCCGAGGACACCCACGAGGAGCACGACACCUCCACCGAGAAUGCCGACGAGUCCAACCAUGACCCCCAGUUUGAGCCCAUACUUUCUCUUCCUGAGCAAGAAAUUAAAACGCUGGAAGAAGAUGAAGAGGAGCUUUUUCAAAUGCGGACCAAGCUGUUCCGGUUCGCUUCGGAGAACGACCUCCCGGAGUGGAAGGAGCUGGGCACCGGGGACGUCAAGCUGCUGAAGCACGAGGAGAAGGGGACCGUCCGCCUCCUCGUGCGCAGGGACGAGACCCUCCAGACCUGCGCCGACCACUGCAUCACGCCGGUGAUGGAGCUGAAGCCGAACGCGGGCAGUGACCGCGCCUGGGUCUGGACUACCCACGCCGACUUCGCCGGCCAGCGCCCCAAGCAGGAGCUGCCGGCCAUCCGCUUCCUUAACGCCGAGAACGCACAGAGAUUGAAGUUUGAAGAAUGCGGGAAAGAGGUUGAAGAGAGAGAAAAGACAGGAUCUGGCAAAAAUGAUAAUGCCGAGAGAGUAGCUGAGAAGCUAGAAGAAGCUCUUUCGGUGGAGCAGGGCAAGGAGCCCGAGGACGAGACCAAAGAGGCGGCUGCGGAGGAGCAAUGA